AGUACAAGUGAGGCGCCUUUAGUGAUAAGUGAUAAUUUUGAAUUAAAUUCGUAAUUUAAUGCAAUGGAAUAAUUUAAUGCCAAUUUUUUGUAAAUCUAAUAUACAUACUUAUAACUAAACUACUUAGCCAAAUUUUAAAUAAAGAAACUAGCUAAGCUAAUGGUAUUUUUAAUUAUCCAGGUAGUAAUUAGUGUAAAUCCUAGUUAAUGGAAUAAUAUAAUGGCAUCCAGUGAUCCACUAUUAGUUCAAGCUGUAUAUUCAUUUAAAGGAAAAAAUAAUGAUGAAUUGUGUUUGAAAAAAGGAGAUAUUGUUACUGUUACCCAAAAAGUAGACGGUGGAUGGUGGGAAGGUACUCUUAACGAAAAAACAGGAUGGUUUCCAUCUAAUUAUGUUCGUGAAUACUUGCCUCAAGGGGAAAAUAUAAUAGAUAAUAAUGUGCCGACAUUAUCUAUAGAUUUAACAGAACAGCUUAGAAGUAAUAGAGCUGUUGUUGUUAUGGAUAUAAUAGAAUCUGAAAGAGCCCAUGUUACUGAAUUAAAAACUCUAAUACAGAGUUUUCUGAUUCCAUUAAAAAGUUCCAAUGUAAUGAGUAUGGAUGAAUAUAAUCAAUUAGUAAAUAAUAUAGAAGAAGUAUCCAAAAUUCAUGAAGCACUUUUAGAGUCAUUAGAAAAAGUUAUUACUCAUUCACAAGCUGAACAAAGAAUUGGAAAACUAUUUUUGAACAUAGCUUCAAGUAUUCGUGAUGUGCAUUUACAUUACUGUUCUUCACAUCCACGAGCUGUCAGCAUUAUUGAAAAAUACAAAGAUGAAUUAAAUCAAGUGAUGGAAACUCACGGAGCAGUAAGCCCUGGUAUUUUAGUUUUGACAGUUUCCCUAAGUAAACCAUUCAGGCGAUUAGACAAGUAUAGUGGUAUGCUACAAGAACUAGAAAGACACUUGGAAGAAAAUCAUGUAGAUAGAGGUGAUACUCAGCGUUCUGUUAGUGUUUACAAAGAAAUUGCGGCCACAUGCCUGUCAACAAGGAGACAAAAAGAAUUGGAACUAUCAAUUUUAAGUGGUGUUGUGCAAGGUUGGGAAGGUGCUGAUGCAGGUAGUCUAGGAGAUGUGAUAAAAAUUGGCUCAGUAGCAUUUAGUCCAGAAUAUAAGGAUAGAUAUCUUGUUCUAUUUUCUACUCAUUUACUUAUACUAUCUGUGUCACAAAGACUUAGCUCAUUUAUCUAUGAAGGAAAGUUACCAUUAAGUGGAAUUUCUGUCAAACAAUUAGAAAAUUCUGGCAAUGUUAAAAAUGCUUUUGAAAUACAUGGACCAAUGAUUGAAUCCAUAAUUGCUGUUUGCCAAACAAAAGAAGAACAAGUAGAUUGGGUGAAAAAAAUCAACAAGCAGUUAGGAAACAAUUGUACUAUAAAUAAACCGACAAAUAAAUCAGUGGAAAAGAAUAAUCUUUCAGUUUGGGAUGUCACAAGACUUAGACCCAUCCCAUCACUACAAUUUUGUCACCACAACAAUGAUAAAAAUGAUAUAGCAAAUAAAAGAAGCGAGAGAACCUUUGAAGAUGAUGGAAAAGUUUUGAGGGUGUUUGAAGCAUUUUGUUUAAAUUCAAAAUCACGGCACACAAGUUCAGGAAAUUAGAUGGACAUUUUACCGUGAGAAAUUAAAAUACUUAGAAACUUGAUUCAAAUAGUAAUCAUCAAAAAUUAACUACAUUUAAUUUUAUUCUGAAGUACUUUGUACAAUCCAUAUGUA